AUGCGCUACAUCAUCCGAGACGACAAAGCCGCCGUCGGCAAAUACGUCGCCGAAUACGUCGCCAAGCGCAUCAAUGCUCACUUUGAGGUGACCGACCGACCGUUCGUGCUGGGCUGCCCCACCGGCUCCUCGCCGCUCGAGACGUACAAGACGCUCAUCCAGAUCCACCGCGAGGGGCGCAUCUCGUUCAAGAACGUCAUCACCUUCAACAUGGACGAGUACGUCUCGCUGCCCAAGUCGCAUCCCGAGUCGUACCAUUCCUUCAUGUGGAACAACUUCUUCAGCCACAUCGACAUCCAGCCGCAGAACGUGCACAUCCUCGACGGCAAUGCGUCGGACCUCGUGGCAGAGUGCAACGACUACGAGGCCAAGAUCCAGGCCGUCGGCGGUAUCGACCUCUUCAUGGCCGGUGUGGGCUCCGAUGGGCACAUUGCCUUCAACGAGCCCGGUUCGUCGCUCGCCUCGCGCACGCGCAUCAAGACGCUCGCCUACGACACCGUGCUCGACAACUCGCGCUUCUUCGACAACGACCCGCUCAAGGUACCCCGCAUGGCCCUCACCGUCGGUGUUCAGACUGUUAUGGACGCCCGUGAGAUUUUGGUCAUUAUCGUCGGGCAGCACAAGGCACAUGCGCUCGCAAAGUGCGUCGAAGAGGGCGUCAACCACAUGAACACCGUCUCGUGCAUCCAGCUCCAUCCCAACGCACUCCUCGUCUCGGACGAGGACGCUACUUCGGAGCUUCGCGUACGCACCGUCAGGUACUUCAAGGGCAUCGAGCGCGCCCAGGAGGAAAUCGAAAAACUCUACGGUCUUCACGGCCACAAAAAGUCACCCUCGUCCGGUGGUAGCCCCGUCGUAAACGGUUCCAUCAACUAG